CUCUGUACCAAACAAACAAACAAACAAACACAACUUAUCUACAGCCACCCUUUAACCAGUCAGAAACGAAGCAACCCCUCCAUAAGCAAAAUCAGAGCCCUCGGUGGGGCGUGGCGGGGACGCCUCCCUUAGGGCCAGAAGACUUCAAGGGGAAGUCCAAGAGUUUCCAGCCCAGGAAACCGGGAUAUCAGAUCUGCUCAGUUUCACAGACAGUUUGGCUCUUGUAAGCAAUCGGACCUCCAGAAGCAGCAGUCCUUGAAGGGAUCAAGGGCCCAGGCACUUUUACAGUGCCCUUCCUGUCCAGACUCCGGAGAAGCCAGGGGUGUGAGGGCGGAGCCACUGGGCGGGCAAAAUCCUAGCCAAAGACCAGCCUUUGCCGGUCUCUCUACUACCUUAUGGGUUUUGGCAAGGAGAGGGAGAUCACCCUCUCAAUGAAAAGGCAGAUGUCCCUUUAAGGUCUGCCUUGCCGGCCGGUGGACUUUAGCCUAAAAAGGGACCCGCGAUGCUGGCUUUAUUUGUCCAUGUCUCGGACAGAGCCCGGGAGCCUUGCCAGUGAGAUUUUCGACUGAAAGCACGAAGGAGCGGACGAUGUGGCAAUCCGUUUAGGAGGUGAAAAGCGUGCAGCCAACUUAAAGGAGUUUGACCAAAAGACAGGAAAUCACUUCUCUGCCGCUCCUGGGCUGUGUGACCCGCAGGCGCGGAGGACGGAGACCCGCGCAGACCGUGAAGUGGCCCAGAGCUCGUGGCGUCACUCCCCGUCCUGCCCUCCGGACAAGCACUUUCCCGGGGCGCAGCUGCUGCGGCUCCAGCCAUGGCCCCCCGGAGCUCUGCCGGCCCAGAGGUCGCUGUCGCCUGCUUGUGGCUUCUCACCGGCUUCUGUGUAUCCUUCAAUGUGGAUGUGAAAAAUUCAAUGAGUUUCAGUGGCCCAGUGGAAGACAUGUUUGGAUAUACUGUUCAACAGUAUGCAAAUGAAGAAGGAAAAUGGGUGCUUAUUGGUUCGCCUUUAGUUGGUCAACCCAAAACCAGAACUGGAGAUGUCUAUAAGUGUCCAGUUGGGAGAGGUGAUAAAAGGUGCAUAAAGUUGGAUCUACCAGUUAAUACAUCAAUUCCCAAUGUCACAGAAGUAAAAGAGAACAUGACAUUUGGAUCAACUUUAGUCACCAACCCAAAAGGAGGAUUUCUGGCAUGUGGGCCCUUAUAUGCCUAUAGAUGUGGAAACCUGCAUUACACAACAGGAAUCUGUUCUGAUGUCAGCCCCACAUUUCAGGUCGUGAACUCCUUUGCCCCUGUACAAGAAUGCAGCACUCAGCUGGACAUAGUAAUAGUGCUGGAUGGUUCUAACAGUAUUUAUCCCUGGGAAAGUGUUACAGCUUUUUUAAAUGACCUUCUGGAAAAAAUGGAUAUUGGUCCUAAACAAACACAGGUUGGAAUUGUACAGUAUGGAGAAAAUGUAACUCAUGAGUUCAACCUUAAUAAAUACUCAUCUACAGAAGAGGUACUUGUUGCAGCAAAAAAAAUAUACCAGAGAGGUGGCCGCCGGACUAACACAGCCCUUGGAAUAGACACAGCAAGGAAGGAGGCAUUCACUGAAGACCGGGGUGCCCGGAGGGGAGUAAAAAAAGUCAUGGUUGUUGUGACUGAUGGAGAGUCACAUGACAACUAUAAACUGAAUAAGGUCAUCCAGGACUGUGAAGAUGAAAACAUUCAGCGAUUUGCCAUAGCCAUUCUUGGCAGCUAUAACAGAGGAAACUUAAGCACAGAAAAAUUUGUCGAGGAAAUAAAAUCAAUUGCAAGUAAACCCACUGAAAACCAUUUCUUCAAUGUCUCUGAUGAAUUGGCCCUGGUCACUAUUGUUAAAUCUCUGGGAGAAAGAAUAUUUGCCCUGGAAGCUACAACUGACCAGUCAGCAGCUUCAUUUGAAAUGGAAAUGUCUCAGACUGGCUUCAGUGCGCAUUAUUCACAGGACUGGGUCAUGCUUGGGGCAGUAGGAGCCUAUGACUGGAAUGGAACAGUUGUUAUGCAGAAGUCUCAUCAAAUCAUAACCCCUCCAAACACAACCUUUCAAAUUGAGUCUACCAAAAUGAAUGAACCUCUUGCUUCUUAUUUAGGUUACUCAGUAAACUCUGCCACUACUUCUGGAGAUGUGCUCUAUGUUGCGGGACAGCCUCGAUACAAUCACACAGGCCAGGUCAUCAUCUAUAGGAUGGAAGAUGGAGACAUCAAAAUUCUCCAGACACUCAGAGGAGAACAGAUUGGUUCCUACUUCGGCAGUGUAUUAACAACAGUUGACAUUGAUAAUGAUGCUAACACUGACAUCCUUCUCGUCGGAGCGCCCAUGUACAUGGGAACAGAGAAAGAAGAACAAGGAAAAGUAUACGUGUAUACUCUGAAUCAGACAAGGUUUGAAUAUCAAAUGAGCCUGGAACCAAUUAAGCAGACAUGCUGCUCAUCUCUGAAGCACAAUUCAUGCACAAAAGAAAACAAAAAUGAGCCAUGCGGGGCUCGUUUUGGAACAGCUAUUGCUGCGGUAAAAGACCUCAAUCUUGAUGGAUUUAAUGACAUCGUGAUAGGUGCUCCCCUGGAAAAUGAUCACGCCGGAGCUGUAUACAUUUAUCAUGGCAGUGGCAAAACUAUAAGGAAAGAGUAUGCACAACAUAUUCCAUCAGGUGGGGAUGGCAAGACACUGAAAUUUUUUGGUCAGUCUAUCCAUGGAGAAAUGGAUUUAAAUGGUGAUGGUCUGACUGAUGUGACAAUUGGGGGCCUUGGUGGUGCAGCCCUUUUCUGGUCCCGAGAUGUGGCUGUAGUUAGACUCACCAUGAAUUUUGAACCAAAUAAAGUGAAUAUUGAAAAGAAAAACUGCCACGUGGAGGGAAGAGAAACAGUGUGCAUAAAUGCUAUAAUAUGUUUUGAUGUGAAAUUGAGGUCUAAAGAAGACUCGAUUUAUGAAGCUGAUAUGCAGUACCGUGUGACCCUAGAUUCCCUAAGACAGAUAUCACGAAGCUUUUUCUCUGGAACUCAGGAGAGAAAAAUUCAAAGAAAUAUCACAGUUCAAGCAUCCAAAUGCACUAAGCACUCCUUCUACAUGUUGGACAAGCAUGACUUUCAGGACUCCGUGAGAAUAACUUUGGAUUUUAACCUUACUGAUCCAGAAAAUGGGCCUGUUCUUGAUGAUUCUUUACCAAACGUAGUACAUGAAUAUAUUCCCUUUGCUAAAGACUGUGGAAACAAGGAAAAAUGUAUCUCAGACCUCACUCUGGAUGUCUCCACCACAGAAAAAGGCCUGUUUAUUGUCAGACCCCAGAAUGACAAAUUCAACAUUAGCCUUACAGUCAAAAAUAAAGGUGACAGUGCUUAUAAUACCAGAACAAUAGUACAAUAUUCUCCAAAUCUAAUUUUUUCAGGAAUUGAGGGGAUCCAAAAAGACAGCUGUGAAUCAAAUCAUAACAUCACAUGUAAGGUUGGAUAUCCUUUCCUGAGAAGAGGAGAAAUGGUAACUUUCAAGAUAUUAUUUCAAUUUAACACAACGUAUCUCAUGGAAAACAUGUUCAUCCAUUUAAGUGCAACAAGUGACAGCGAAGAACCUACUGAAACACUUUUUGAUAAUGAAGUAAAUAUUUCUAUCCCAGUAAAAUAUGAAGCAGGCCUACAGUUUUACAGCUCUGCAAGUGAAUACCAUAUUUCAGUUGGGGCCAAUGAAACUGUCCCUGAAGUAAUUAAUUCUACUGAGGACAUUGGAAAUGAAAUUAAUAUCUCCUACUUGAUUAGAAAAAGAGGACAUUUUCCAAUGCCAGAACUUAAACUGUCAAUUUCAUUCCCCAAUUUGACAUCAGAUGAUUUUCCUGUUCUGUACCCAAGUAGAUGGUCAACCUCUGAUAAUGCAAACUGUAGACCUCGUAGCCUGGAAGAUCCUCUUGGUAUCAACUCUGGAAAGAAAAUGAUUAUAUCAAAAUCUGAAGACCUCAGACGAGGCACACUUCUGGACUGCAGCACUUGUAAAUUUGCUACCAUCACAUGCAAUCUCCUUCCUUCUGACACGAGCCAAGUGAAUGUUUCGCUCAUCUUAUGGAAGCCAACUUUUGUAAAAACACAUUUUUCCAGCUUAAAUCUUACAAUAAGGGGAGAGCUUCAAAGUGAAAAUUCAUCACUUGUUUUAGAUAGCAGCAACCAAAAAAGAGAGCUUGCCAUUCAAAUAUCCAAAGAUGGGUUACCAGGAAGAGUGCCUUUAUGGGUUAUUCUCUUGAGUGCUUUUGCUGGAUUGCUGCUGUUAAUGCUGCUCAUAUUAGCAUUGUGGAAGAUUGGAUUCUUCAAGAGGCCACUAAAGAAGAAAAUGGAGAAAUAAAAUUUUUUUGUAAGAGAAAAGAAUAACAAUUAUUCAGUGACCUAUCCUCAGGUUUGCCUCAAAUAUGUGACAAGAAAUUUAUAAUAUAAUAAAAGGCGUGGUCACAUAACUCAAUGAAAUCCACCAGGGAUUAAUAACUCAGUAAAUAACAGAUCAAGCAUGAUCCAAAAAGAAUACACAAAAGGUAUAUUUUAUAAAGCAAUGAAAAAUAUUUUAAAUACUCAUUUUUUGAGUAAGCAAAAUUACAAAGUGUUUUAAAGAAGACUAAUUUAUACAAAUGUUUAUAUCUUAAGUCAUCAUCCAAAGUACAGUAUUUAAGGAAUGCAGGAAGAGUUCUAUGAUGAUUGAAAAAUUUAAUUUUAGAACAAUAUAAAAUUAGCUUGGUGGUUCUGCCUCCUGCCUCACAGGUCCUGAGUUCAAUCUCCAGUACCAAAAAAAAAAAAACCACAUAAUUUUUCUCUUGAUUCCUGAUGGAUGUCAGAAUUCAGCUUGACAGCAUUUGUAAAUGUCCAAAAAUGAAUUACCUGAAAGAGAUUAUUUCUUUCAAUUAAAAUGGGAAUAUUUUUCCCUAGUAGAAUCCACAUACAACGUGGACUGAAAAUAAAACCAAAUCACAAAGAUACAUUUAACAUCUUUGUGCUGGGUUUUGUAGUUGGAAAUAUUUUCUUCAAGUGAUUGGAAAAUAGUGAUGUUAAGCUGACAUUCUGUGUAAGAUAGAAAUCAAGAUGGUAAUUGUUUAAAAACAAGUGCACUGAACAGAUUAAUUUAUACUUUUACAAAACAAGCUUAAUGUUGAUAUUGAGCUCUAAACAUAAAACGUUUUUUAUACAGAAAAAAACACUUAAAGCAGUUUUGUAUAGCAUAACGGGGAUUUAUCACGAAAAGCCAUGUUGUGUGGGGGACGUGCCAAAAUGGUUUUAGAAAGGAACGUGUCAGCAUAGACAGAUAACCCUGAAUGCUAAAAUCAUUUGCUAAGCAGCUUUCAGGAUGUUACAUAAAACAGAAGUCUUCUCGACUCCUUGGUACAGGGUUCAUUAAACCCCCAAACUGUGAGAGUAUGUUUAUUUUUUAAAGGUAUUUAAUCUUCCAAACACACUUCUUAUUUUCUAGAAAAGACAGUGUUCCAUUUCAACAUUGCACUUCACCAAAAACUUACUUCAAUAUAUAAAUAGAGCCCCAGAAAUGUAAUUUGAAGAAUUUUGAGUCUGAAAGCUCACGUGAACAGGAAGAUAUCACACCUCUGUGUGCUUCUUCGUUCUUGAAUUAAUCUUUGCAGCUCCUUGGACUCUGCUGACGCAUUAAGCUUGUAGGCUGCUGCAUUUCUUAGGAAAGUAACAGUGAGUGAAGAUACGUAACUGCAUGUGUGAACUACUGCUGUAACAUUAUUUGCAGAUACCGCUUCAAUGACUCCUCUCCACUUGAUUUACUGUCAUAACCCAGAAUGUGUCAAUGUCUAGAAGGUCCUGGGCUUUGCUUUCCUUGUAAAAGAGAAAGUCAACAGAGAAACUAAAUGCCGUGAGUUUAAUUUUUUUAAAACUGAUUUUUAAGGAAUUACCUAAAGACUCAGAGUCGGCCUACCUGUUGGCUCCACCUCUUCAUCUAAGAUCCCGAACAACCAGAAAUGUGUUUGGGAGAUGCCAACGUUAUCGAUGGUUAGAAAAAAGGAUAAAUCUUUCUAGAGCUUGGCUGUCCUCCAUCUGGUUUGUCACUGUUCUGAAAUAAUUUUCUUUUGGAAUUUCUCUCUUCAGGAAGCAUUCUUUCUACCCGUUCCCCCCCCCACACACACACACAACAAACUCCACUCCAUAUUCCAGUGCAUGCUCACUUGCUCUGCUCUGAACUCAGCACCUUCUUCAAAGCCAAUCAGACAGGUAAAUUUAAAUCCUUAAUCGCAUGUGUGACUGAUAGACAAAGCAUUCAUUGAACUGUAAGUGUGGGUAUUUAAACAAAAGCAGAAAGAAGGACAUUUUGAAAUUUUUCAAAGACAGAGAAGGAACUAUUUGGCCAGAUCAGCUACCUUCCAUGGCCAAUUGCUUAACACAAUUUCUGUCAUGAGUGAUUCCCGGUUAUUAAUAGAAUACAUAAUGAACCAGAGAAACCAUUUCUCUUAUACUUUGUUGCAGUCUUUGUGAGUAUACGUAUAUGUAUGCGUGCACAAACAUAUGCAGUUGAAUACAAAAUACCUAAAUAAUGCCAAAUGAAAUUAACAUACAAAAGCUUCAGCAGAAAGAAAAGCUUGAUUCCUUCAUUUUUCAUGCAGCACUUGUUUUUCACUUAUAUUUGGGCUUAGCUAAUAUUCCUGCCAAAUACAAAUGCAGAAGGUUUGAUUUUUUUUUUUUUUUUUUUUGU